AUGCCUGAAAUUACUAAAGAUUUAUCUUUUCGACGUAUUCUUGAUUCUUUAAAAUUAACACCAAAACAUCGUCUAGUUGAAUUCGGAGAUAUAUGGGCUGAAAUAUUUCUUUGGUGUUUUAUGACUUCAAUUGUCGUUCAUUUAAUUGCGACCAUAGUUGCCAUUAUAUCAUUAAGAAGUCAUAAAAUUGGACGUUGGUACUCAAUAGUUAUCAUUCUAGCUGGGAUUAUAACUCCCAUUGUUCCAUCAGCUCUUACUAGUGCACUUCUUUCAGCUAUAUUUUAUGCUGCUUCAGUUGAAAUAAAACCUUUCUUUUGUUUCAUACUUGGCGUUGGACAAACUGGCGUUAUACUCUUCUUCUCUUUUCUAAAAAUCUUAUCUACAUUAUAA